AAGGUUUAUAAUACUCCGUGACUUCGAGGUUGUUUUGACUUUUAAGGUUAUGUAAGUCCUAGUAGAUCUGAGGGUGUGAGAGAGGAUUGCGUUUAGUUAGUAUUUAUUCAUUUAUUAUUUGCGGCGCUGUCGUUUGUUGAACGUGUCUCAUCACUCAGGCACAACGGAACUAUGUAGAAAAAAAGACAUGCCGUUGAAAACAGAGAAAUAAUAACAAAGGGUAACAUUAAUGGUGGAAGAAGGACAUACCUAUCUGCAUAUCCCAUUCCGUACAAUUUUGUAGAUGAACGAACCAGAAUUGAAAGAAUUGUUGCACCGUAUGUUGUAAACUAUAUAUCUGAGUUACUGUAACAUACAAAUGAAGAGACGACAGCGGAGGCCCGUUUUGGAUAUCAAUAGCGAACAAUCAGAAUCUCCUCGCGGACGCUGGCAAAACAAAUAUCAACAGAUCGCUGUUGAUCACCCAGAACAAAAUGGAAACCCGAAUAAUCCAUUGGCCAGUUUACUUGGCCAGUAUAACUCGGACAGUGAAACCGAAGAUGUGAAACAAGAAUCCAAUCAACUGAAUGAUAAAGUUAACGACUUUUUAAAGGAGAUUCAAAUGAUCAUCCCGGACACUGUUAAUUCUAACAAUACUAAGAAAACGACCGAUCCAAUGAUUCCAUCACAGCGGAGUAGUCAGCCUGGGCAAAAUGAAACCUCAAACAGCCCCUGGCAAGAAUGUUUCGAUGAGACAACAGGUUACCCGUAUUACUGGCACAUUGAAACAAACGAAGUAACUUGGGAAAUGCCAAGUGAAAUGAGAUUACACCGGGAAAAAUCCUCUCAAGUUAAUCAGAAUCAGAAUCAGGUCGCAAUACAGCAUCAAACUCAUCCUGCUCACACCCAAGUACAAUGGCCAAAUUUUCUGCCAAACACAUAUCCAGAACUGCAAACCAACAUUCCAGAGGGAAUGAUACCCAAAGAAGUCGUUGCUAGAAAUAGAAAUAGACAAGUUGGUAUAUCUAGAGGGAAUCAACCAAGUACUGAACUCACUACUGAAGCUCCAAAAAAAACUGGGCCAAAGGAUGAUGAAUCUGACGAUGAGAAAAUUGAAAUGAUAACGUCGUUUGGCGAUGAUGAAAGUGAGUCUGACGGAAGCGACAGUGAUUCUGCAUUGAAAAAAUCAACAUGUGACAAAGUCUCUGCCCAAAAAAUUCAUAAAUUGAAAGAAGUUUGUAAGAAUUCCCUGUCCGAAGUCGAGGAAAGUCCUUCUAUUGGUCCUUUUCUUCCACUGGAAAUCAUUCCCAUGAUACACGGACCUGAGAACGUUAGUGAAAAUGGUAAUAGUCAUGUAGAUAAUGGUAUAGAAAGUGUUACCAAAGUCGAGGGAAGGGAUGAAAAUGUAUAUUCGAGCAGAAAAAUUGAGAAUUCUUUAGUGAACCAAAAGGUGACUGUUAAGUCUGAGGAUAGUGAAGAAGAGAAUAUAUUAAUGAGACUCAAGAACCAGGCAAAGCUGCUACAGUCAUUGGGAGGUGAGGUUCCAGAGUCUGUUGAAACUUUGAUAAAGGAUGAAGUAAACGAUCAGGCAGAAAAUCUGGAACAAGAUGACAUAAUUUCACAGAUAGAGAAAGAGAUGCCCGUGGAUCACGCGAGAAAUUUUAGUUCUAUUAGUAAAAUGAAAUCAGAAACAUUGAAGGGCUUGAGUAGCGAAUCAUCCAGACUACAAGAGACUAAGAAAAACAAGGAUAUCAAAAUCUCACUUGUUGCUGGGUACAGCGACGACUCCGACUUUGAGGAGGAAACUUCACCCAAGAAAACUGGGAAUGCUCAACCACUAUUUCCAAUAAUGUCCAACUAUACCGGCAAAGAGAAUUCUGAUAAUGUGUUGCACAGUACACUGAAAGUUUCCGACGAAUUUAAUCCUGCAAAGGAUGUUUCUGUGGUUAAUUUAGGAAUAAAAGGUGCAGAACAGAAGCAAUGGGAUUUUGUUAAUGCUGGUAAAUUAUCGAACAGCAGUGCAGAGGACGCAGACAAUGCAGACGGCGAUUCAAGAGGAACAACUGAUAAUACGAGUCAGUCAGCGCUGAAUGGACAAGAAAGCUUAGAAUCUAGUGAAACUAGGACAACCAGAUUGGACACUGAAUUAAGCCGUCAACAAACUUUUUUGGAGAACUUGGAAAUGCCAGUUAAAGGAUUUCAGCGAAAAAAACGAAUUGCUUUUGAUGUUGUGCCAAACAAAAUAAGCAAACCACAGUCGGAGUCUGUGACAAAUCAGGCUUCGAGAACUGAACCCUCAUCUUUGACUUUUUCGACAACUGGAACAUCUCUGGAUGAUUCAGAACGCCAUGGGUUUGGAUUUCAUAAAGAAUCUAAGGCGCAACCAGACGCUGAGACUGGAGAUUCCUCCGGAGAAGUUUCAAGAGAUAGAAUUACCAGCAACAAACAAAAAACAGAUAAAGAAACUAGUCAAUCAAACAAAUGCAUAAGCUUUGUCAAGGGAGAAACGACUGAUAGCUCUAUCAGUACAGAGGAAAAUGUCAAGUCUGAAGUAGAUAAACCAAUUGUUGACAAUAAACAGUUAAAAGAAAUGACUGAGAUUGUUAUGGAAAAAAUUAAAUUUCUCUCUGAGGGAAGCCAGAAUCUUUCGGCCAUUCAAAUAAUGGUGAUACAGCUCCAAACCUUGGUUGGCGCAUGGGAGGCAGGAGACUUGAAGGAAGGCUACUUGCAUGAGUGGUUGAAGGGUACGGGACUUGAGUUGGGCAGAUUAGAGCAGGCAGCUGCGCCUCCAGGAUGGGAUUGCCACUGGGAUAGAUCGCAUAAACGAUACUACUAUCGCAACUCUGUCACUGGGGAGGCUCAAUGGACAUAUCCAGAGGCUGAUGUUGUUGGCGGUACUGAAGAAAUGGACUUGUGCACCACGCCACCUCCCCCAGAGGACGAGGGUCUGCAGCUAAUCGAAGAGGCGUCAAAUGAAACUGAGCAGAAACCUAAAUUGGAUUCAAUGCCAUUAAUUAUUACUGGCGACAACAAAAUCAUCCAGGUAACCAAGGACGAGUAUAAAAGCUUAGAGGCUCCACCUCCACCUCAGAUUUCAAGUCCAAGUCCUCCGCCACCGCCGCGAAUAUUUGCAGCCGACUUGAAGAAAGGUAAAAAACGACGAGGAAGUACCAGUGAGCGGAGUUUAGACUCAAAAAAAGAAAAAACAGAGACGGCAGGUUCUUCAUCCGAUGGAAACGUCAGUGUGGAUCCCCCGCUGCCCUCGUCUCCCCCCAAGAACCCUUCUCAGCCUCCACUUCCUCCGACUCCUCCUCAUCCUGCGGUUAUUCCAAACCCACCUAGCAGUGAACCCUUACCUCCAGGUGUCGACCCUAAAGAUAUGCCUUAUCCUCUGCCGGCUGUAACUGCGGUGGAGCAGAGCGUUGUCUACCCUGGGCCAACGCAGCAGACAAAUCCGAUUUACGCAGCAACGAUCAGUGAUCGAGGGAUAGCUGUUCCAAUUAUUGAUCACCGGUCGACGAUCAUUCAAGGACAACUAAUGCACUACCCAACGUAUCAGCAUUUGCACAAUCAAGCAAUGAUCGCGGCAGCAGGAAGUCUGACAGGCCAGGAAGCCGUACAAUUCGUGAUAACAGAUUAUGCUCAAGUUUAUGCCAAUACACAGGUGAUUGCCAAGCCUCCUGUCAAAUCGCAGACCGAAUCGCUGGGCUCAGCCCUUGAUUCGUUUUACAGCGAUAUUGCAUCUAUCGAAAAAACAAACUCAGAACAAGAAUGUAUGAUUCAACAAGACAUUGAAACACGCCGGAAAGAAGCUGCUACUCCUCCACUAGCAACAUUGCCUAACACAGUAAUUACGUCAUCUUCGCAUGCAGAAAUCGAACAGCCUAACGCGUCUAUAGAUCUUGCAGGGAAAGAGAAAAAGAAGAAAAAGACGAAAAUAGGUAUUGGGAAGAAACAGAAAGAGAUGUCGACUAUGGUAGCGAAAUGGCAGAAAGCUCAGCAGGACUUUGGUGACAGCGAAUAGAACGAAUUACAGUGAUGAAUUCAGAAGUUUAUAUGAUUCACAUUACCUGAUCAACAUACAGUGAGAAUAAAAUGUUACAAUAUAAGGACAGAAUGAGUGGAAUUGGAAUAGAAUAGUAAAUGAUAAGAAUAUAAUAUGUAUUAUACUUUGCAGAAAUAAUUGUCAAGACAAUUAAAUUUUUCAAUUAAA